ACCUGACUUUUAAGUACCGUGCCAAAGUUGCCGGCAAAUUGACUCUGGACAUGUCGAUCGACAAGACACCUCUCGUAUCAGGUUCAGAUUGGGAGCGGGAACUGUCAGUAGAGGCAGAGGCAGAAGAGGUGCAAGUGAUUUGUGUGGGUCUGAUGCGAACUGGGCUGCAAUCCCUUCAUCGUGCAUUUUCGAUCCUGGGAUACCGGAACAUCUAUGACCAAGAACAGAUCUCGCACACCUACGAGCUCUGGGAUGAUGUAUUACAGAAUCGGGGGGCGACCGCUGCCUUCCAGACCAUGUUUGGCAAGUCUUCUGUCAUCAUGGGAAUGCCAACCUUUUGCUUUUGGGAAGAUAUUCUGAAUCUGUAUCCGGAUGCCAAAGUGAUCCUGACAGUUCGUGACGAGGAUGCAUGGUGGCGGUCGGUCAGCAAGGCCAAAUUGGCCAUGGACCACGACGUGCCGGGUGCACCGUUGCGAUAUGGUACCAUUCGACGUCAGCUGGAAAAGUGGCUGGUGCCUUCGUACCACAAGUUCUGUGAAGUCUUGCGAUUCGCCUGGGCGACCACACUUGGAGCCACCGGGCUCCAGAUCGAUAUGCUCAACGAAUCCACGACGAGACACAGCUACCGGCAACACAAUUCCUAUGUGAAGUCCCUGCUGCAGGGCAAAGUGGACAAGGGUGGUAAGCCGCAGCUUCUGGUCUUCGAUGUGCGAGAGGGCUGGGAGCCUUUGUGUGCCUUCCUUGACAAGCCAGUUCCUGACAGGAGCUUUCCUAAGCAGGAAGAGUUGACGAGUCUGUAUUUCCCGGACGGCCAGCAGCGGCCGGAGUGGCUGGAUCGGGUGACGGGCUUUGAUGAGCUCUUUGCACCAGACACUGCAUUUGGCACCCGAAUGCGACAAGAGCUCCUUCGGGGCCUGAUGCUGGGGGCCGCUGUGCUGACCGUGCUGGUCGUCAUCGUGCUCACCGCGGUGGUCUUGCUGACGGACCUUCCGGUGACGGUGAUCGUACUCAUUUACCUGGCAUUGGUCAUUGUCGGCUGGGAUGCCUACGUCGUGAUGCACACUCUUGUGCUAAGAGUGCCACUUUUGAUGGUCGUGCCACUGGCGCUACAAUCGCUGCUAAUUGCAGCUGCAUUGCAUGCCUGCUUCAUUUCGUAUGGCGUUUUCAAGGAAAAGCUUGUGACACAAGAUAAAGUUGCAAGUGCUGUCUUGGUGCUGUCAUCACGUGCAAUGUCUGUGAUUUGCGGAAGCCUGGCUUUGUUGGUGACCCAGAAGAGCUUGCGCCUUGGGGCCCCCAUUUGGUCCUACAGUUACUUCGCUUUCACCAACGAGCUCUCGACCUUUGCGGGCUAUGAGAUGCUAAAGUAUGUCUCUUUUCCCGUGCAGGUAAUGGCCAAAUCGGUGAAGAUGCUUCCGAACAUGAUGAUGGGCCGAAUUGUGAAUGGAACAAGAUAUUCACUCUUUCAAUAUGGCCAAGCCAUAGCUGCCUUGAUUUGCGUGGCGAUCAUGCACUUUUCCGACGAGGCAGAUACUCAUGGAGGAAAAGGCAGUGAGGAUCAAGCCAUGAGCGAGAACUGGAAGCUGUUUAUGGGCAUCAUGAUGCUUGGCAUCUUCUUUAUUGGUGAUAGCUUUACCUCACAGUGGCAGACGAACUUGUACACGAAGUAUCCCAAUCUGACUCAAUUGCAGAUGAUGGUGGGUGGCAACUUCCUGGGUAUGGUCUUUACUUCAAGCAACCUAUACUACAGCUGGCCGAAGAUCCGUGCUUCCAUUUCUUUGGCCUCGGAAAACCCCGAAGUCUUACAACGCAUCAUUGCCCUGGGUGUGGUGUCAGCUCUUGGCCAGUUCUGCAUCUAUUCUGCCAUCCGUGUUCUUGGCUCUUUAUCCUUUACUUGGAUCAUGACUGCGCGUCAACUCUUGUCCGUACUCAUCUCCUUGAUCUUUUUCGGUCACAGCUUCAGCUUAUUGAAGCUCCUUUGCAUUCUGACGGUCUUUGCCAUCAUGAGCUGGAAGCAGUUGUCCAAGAUUCCCGAAAAGCUCAAGGCCCGGCGGAAGCGAUCCAAAGCCGACUGAGACGAUCGGACCGAGCGGGACGAUGGCGAUGGCCAGCUGUUUCUCGAAAACGGUUCCAGUGAUCCGUCGUAUUUCGCUCGGAGAGCUGGUUAGCUCAACUGGUAGCUGCCCAACUGCGAAAAACCGCGAGGAUGUUGCAAA